AGCGUGUUGUUGGUCCGCUAGUAACCAAAGAAGAAGUCGCGUUGCUGUUGACGCUGCCUUUGAGUCUGUGUUUACAGCGCGACUUAUUACUGAAAUGACAUAAAAACACGCCGGACAUCAUCACAUCAGUGCAACAUCAUGAAGUUGCGCGUUCGGGUCAACAAGCAGACCAGCCGGGUGGAGUUAACGGGAGAAGAACCCAGUCUGAAGGAUCUCAUAGAUCACAUCAAGGAGACUGUUCUUCCUUCUCUCAGACUCAGUGCAGACACAGACUUCAGUUUGUCUCUGAACGGCUCAGAGCUUCUAUCAGACACCGGACAGACUCUGUCGUCCUGCGGCAUCGUCUCUGGAGAUCUGGUCUGUGUGAUCCUGCCUGAGUCUGCAGCCACUGCCGCCACCGCCACAACCGUCGCCACCGCCACAACCACCACCGCCGCCGCCACAACCACCACCUCGACCUCCUUGUCCAGCAGCAGAGAGAACCAGAGCCGACAGACAGCUGCCAUGUCCUCCAGCCAGCAGCCCAGCACCAGCAGCAGCUGUGCAGCUCAGUGGGAGUCUGAGGAGAACAGUGAAGUGUUGGACUCUGAACCUUCAGUCCCCAGCUGGGAGCCGAUGCUGUGCAGCGAGGCCGAGGAGGGUCAGGCCCCCCACUCUCUGGAGCUCCUCUAUCACAGCGCCCAGACCACCAGUCCCAGCGAUGCCCUCAUGGUGGCCGGAAACCUCCUGAUGCUCGAAACUGGCUUCACUCCUCAGGGAUGUGAGCUGAAGUCCGGUGGGAUGCCUGUCGGCUGGAGGUCAGCAGGUGGAGUCUACAAACUGCAGUACACUCAUCCUCUGUGUGAAAACAGCCUCGCCAUGGUGGUGGCUGUGUGCAUGGGCCCCCUGCUCGUUAUUAACGCCACUCUGAAGGUGAACGAAACCGUCGACACGGUCCGAAAACUGUGUCUGAAGCCGUGCAGCUACGUGACGGACGAGUGGCCAGGAGAAAGUGCAGCUGCAGCUUUCAAAGAUCUGAGCAAACUGUCACGGAUCUUCAAGGACCAGCUAGCAUACCCGCUGAUCGCCGCAGCCAGAGAAGCCAUGGCUCUGCCAGUAGCCUUCGGUCUGGCUGCUCUUCCUCCUGAGCUCGUCCUCAGAGUGCUCCGACUGCUAGACGUCCAAUCUGUGGUCCGACUGUCGUCAGUCUGCAGACACUUCCACGUCUCCACGGCAGACUCCUCAUUGUGGAGACACCUGUGCCGCCGAGACUUCCCCAGUCAGACCAAUUCAGAUUCCAGCAGAUCCAGAGACACAGACUGGAGAGAGCUUUACAAAAGGUUUUAUAAGACCCGCUGUGAUCUCCGACAUGUCGCCCGUCACCGCUCGCUCCCUUCUUUCUUCCGAAACACCCGCAACAUCUUCGGCCCGGUGCCCGUCCCCCUCCACCCGCCGCUGCCUGGCAUCAUCGGCGGGGAGUACGACCAGAGACCGAACCUCCCCCGCAGCCUCCUGCCUCGCCCUCGCUACGACCCCAUCGGCCCGCUUCGAGACCACGAUGGACGACCUCUGAACGAUUUCCGCCGACCGAUGGGGAGUCGACCUGCAGACAUCCGACGAGGAUUCAUCUGAUUCUCACCUGUUAAGACUAAGUUUUCAGGACUGAUUAGAUCUUCUCCUGCAAUAAAAAACAAACAUUUGAAGCUGUUAUCUUUUAUUUUUAUGUAACAUCAAAGGCCUGUUUUGUGAAGGAGCCGUGUCAAAAUAUAAAUUUAAAAUCUAAUAUUGUUUAAGGUUCAUUUUAUAAUUAGGUUUUUCCUGUCGGUGCAUUGACAGCUAUAAAAGCCCCAUUUCUGCCAAGAAAAGUGAAAAUGAAGAAAUGGUAUGAAUGACAAAAAUAAAGUAUUCGUGGGACGUUAUCUAGGUCUAGACACUAACUUUGGCAAAAUAUGAGAUAGUAAUAAUAUAUCAGUUUUUUUAGUUUUUUUUUACUUAAGUUAAAAUUUACGCUAUAUUUCUAUUAUAAUUUUGCCUCAAAAACAUGAAACUUAUGAAUUACUAUCUUAAAAUGAUGCCAGAUUACAUAGUAAAGAAAGCCUCCAUAUUUUUGGCUACUUGGAAUAAUCUGCAAAAAUAUAUAUUGCAUAUGAUGAUCUGAUAUUUCACCAAAGACAUUCUUUACUUCCUUUUAAUGACGAUGAUUUUUCUGCAGCGAUUUGAGGCUAAUAUGAUGAGGUGGAGAUUAAACUAAACUGUAAAACGCUUAUUUUUAAACUUCAUUUUGAUUUAAGUCUGAAAGCCUGGAGGGGAUCAUGUCUGUACGUGUAUCUGUCUGCAGCUAAUCUCGCAUACUACUGGACUCAUCAGCCUAAUAUUCUUUGUGCACAUUUAUGACUGUAUGCUCAAGGACUUCUUGUGGUUGCAGUGAUUUACAAUUUUUGAAAAACCUGUUUUAUAAUGUCAUUGACUGCUGACUCCUCACUCCUCUUAACCAGCUGGUAGGGGCACCAUGUGAUCAACAGCUGCUUCAGUUUGGAAUCUUGUUUCCUUUGUUGACAUUUUGACCCAAUCCCAUUGUCCAGACUCGCGGAUUUUGAGUCAUGUUCCUGCUAAAUCCGCAAGGUUUAGGGCUGUCCCACUGUCAAAUCAUCACGUGUAUGAGGGCUCGCUCACCGACUUUAUGAGCCCUUUAUGCACACUUUCUGUAAGUCCACAUUGCUGCAGACUUUGCCUGUGGGAAUUACCCACAGUUCAUAGCAUUGUGAUGUGAAGUCAAUGUUAAAUAUGGGGUUACCAGGGGAAGCCUGGAAGUGUUAAGAAAAAAUGGUAAACAAACUGGAACGUGGGUGUUCAGCCUAGCAUAGUGGGUGUGCUGGUUUGCCUAAAUUAACAAAGAAGCACCAUAGUAAUAAGGAUUUAAGAUACAUAAAAACACAUGAAAUCUGAGGAAUGCAAGCAUAGGUUAUAUUACACAUCUUGUUUAUUCAUCAGCCAUUUCUUCUUUACUUCAAGUUUUGUUUAAUGAUGCUGUUUUGACAAAAAUGACUAAAUUGAUUAAUUGACAAUUACCUCUCAUCCACUCUGGAUAGCAAGAGCCUGGAGGAGGUUCAAAUAAGGCAGUUGGUCCCUUACUUGACUGUGGUGCACAUGAUUAUUUUUUGGGUUGGAUAUUAGCUAGCUGUUUUAUACUUUGUUUAAUGUAUUAUGUGCUUUAUAAGGGAAUGGUUGUACUAGUUUUCUCUUUUUCUGUUUUUGUUGAAGUGAGCUCACUAAGACAAAUUCCAAUCAAUCAUGUUGAUAUGGCAAUUAAGUAUUGAAUAAAAAGUCCUAAACCCAAAAUCAUACGUAACAAGUUUUGGUGUCGUCAAGGUAAUGUGAUGUGUCAGAAAGCACUGUCCCAUUCCUAUUUAUACCAUUUCGAGCCUUUGCAGUUUCUUGCACUCAAACACUUACCAGCUGACGUCAAUUAAGUCAAUGAUGGUUUAGGGUUUAGGCCUUAGAAGGGGACACUGGGAUUGGGCCAUACACUUAGAAAUAACUGACCAAGCUAGUGCAUCACUAUGAUCAUCAGAUUGUGUCAGAACCUGAGCCUAUAACCUGUCUACUCUUGUUACACCUUGAUAAUGUAACCUGCAUUUUGUCUCCCCUUCAUUCCACUACUGUCACAUAUACACACUGGGUACAUCUCAAGUCUCUUAAUUGCAUCCACGUUUCCCUCACUUGCGUCUUUUAAAGCAGCGUCAAUUAAAUAUGACGUGUGGCACA